AUGGCUGCUCACCAAAACACAAUCACGAUAAUAGGGUCCUCUCUGACGGGACUCAUACUGAGCCUAUCCUUGGUACAUCAUGGACUCUAUCAUCCAUCACAAAUCAAACUCUAUGACCUUCGAAGACCAGACACGACUGAUCCAGCGAGCUCAAGUGGCGUCAUCCUCACACCUAAUGGUCUGAAGAUCCUAGAUUCCCUUGGGAUCUUGAGUCGCUUUGCACACCAAUGCUGGCUCUCCGAGUACCGUACGUACAAAAAUGAUUGCGAUGAGACGGUACGGAAGACCCUCAUUGCCAAUGAGUAUCUCUACGGAUACAAGAAUCACCGUGUCUGGAGAAGGCUAUUAUUAAAAGUGCUUCUGGAGAAAGUGAAGGAGACUGGCAUCGAAGUCCUCUGGAAGUCAAAAUUUGAAGGUGUGGUUCGUGAGGAGGACAAUCGUGUCGUAUUCAAAGUAAACGGAAGUGAAGAAACCGCUGGCAUCUUAGUCGGAGCCGAUGGGAUCCAUUCGAAUGUCAGGAAGUAUCUGUGCCCCGAUGUCAAGCCGGAAUAUACUGGAGUACUGGGUGUCUUGAGUCACAUUCGAUGGGACGCGGUAAAAUGGCCGUAUGAAGACUACGAGCGGGCUUGCACUAUUCAAGGGAGGCCUGGAGCGUUGGUUCUGAUGCCUGAAGAUCGUGCUGGAUCGGUGAUCAUGGUUGCAAUGCAGAUCAGGAUGGAAGAGCAAAGUCGAGAGCGCUGGGAUGCGUUGGCCCGCGACAAAGAGUGGCUGUCUCAAUACUUCCGAAAGGGAUAUGAUGACUGGGGUGGUACAGCCAGAAGCAUCAUCGACGCCGUGACAAGUGAUCCCAACACCAUGUACAUGUGGCCAUUCAUGCGGAUGGCACGACUGGAUCACUGGUCGUCACUAAAGGGGAGGGUAGUUAUCAUGGGUGAUGCAGCGCAUGCUCUACCUCCCAGCUCGGGCCAGGGCAUCAACCAGACCUUGGAAGAUGUCUACACAUUCACAGAGCUUUUGAAAGCACCCAAUUGCAAAAGUUGGAAGAAGCGGCUUGACUUCUGGCAAAGACUGCGUCAGGAACGAAUCGAUGCGGUAUUUGAUUGGGCAACGAACGCAACGAAUGUUCAACGAAUGCCACAGGCUGAGAGAGACGAGCUCGUGAGAGAGGGAAAAGCUAAAGAUGCGAAUGCGACUGAGGGUUUUGACGAUAUGCGUUGGUUAUAUCGACCUGAUCACGAUAGCAAGAUCAGCGAUUGGCUUGCUUUAGAGAACUAG